UUUCCGCUCUUAAAGGAUUCGCGCGCGUUGGCAGUCGUCGAGGAGAAGUUAAACUCAAAACAUUUUUUUUUAAAUAAAACAUUAUUGUUCAAGAUGUCGGACAUUAAACUACAGAAGUUUAGGGGCUUUUUAACUGAGCGGUUUACCGCCGUGGCUGUGGAGAUAUUUGGAGAAUUUGAAACUAUUGUGGAGGCGUACUACGAGGAAAACAAACAUCUGAGGAAUGUACUGCACAUGGUGCUUAGCCCCGAGAUAAAGAUACCGAAGAUAGAUGCAAACCACUACACUGGGGCAGCCACAGAUGUCACAGAUCCUCCCCCUGAGCUGAACACUAGGGUGGACUUGGGAAUAUCCGAACCGUUGCCUAAAAAACCCAAAGAAGAGCAAACUGAAUAUGACAUAAGCUGGGGAUCAGGACAACAACAACAAGGGCCGGGGGAGGUUGAUAACUUUAUUCCCCCAGAUUGUGUGAAAAACGACCCAAAAGAAGAAGAAGAAGAAGCAGUAGACACAAGCAUGCCCUACAUCGAGGACUCAUUUCAUAUCAAAGUGGUUGAGUCCAACCCUGACUCUUCGGCCACAGUCUCAGCAGAUGAAGAUGAGUUCAGCUCCACAUCGGACUCAGAUGCAGGAGUCACAGUUGUCCCACGGCCAUCCCGGAAUAAAGAAAGCACAAGUCAAACAUCCGAACAUCACAAACAUGAAACAAAAUCAGCGAAUAGCUUAAAGGACAUAAGUGACGGAGAGUCAGAUGGGGGAGAGGUGAUUGAGGGAGAGACGGACGGGGGAGACACAACGGUGGAAAUGAGAGAAGAAGAACUGGACGAGGGAGAGACCGAUGAUCCGUCCUUUUCACCUGGCGAGGAGGAGUCAUCUGAAGAUGAGGAACCAGAGCCGGCAUUCAGAAAAAGGCCUAGGCCUCCGGUGGUACAGGCUCCGCCCGCUUCACCCUCACAAUCACAGCAGCCCUCUGAUGUUGUGAAAGUGUCGGAUCAACCAGAUAUGUGUGAGGGCCAUGCAACUGGAAAUGAUGGGACUGUGUGGAAGUGUAUAAAGCCGGGAUUACGCACUGAGAGAGCGCAGUCACAGAGCACCUUGACUGAAGCAGCUGGUCCAACCGCACAUGCACGCUCUAACAUUGAUGACUAUUUGAGUGCGUUCAUGUGUCUGGUGGAUCAUGUCAUGCUGCAACACAUCUGCGACUGUACGGUGGCAGAGGCCCGUCGGUGUGGAUUAGACGGUUGGGAGUUGAGCCUGGCUGAGCUGAAAGCCUUCAUUGCACUCCUGUUAGCCAGGGGAGUGCAUUAUGGGAUGAAUGCAGACGUGGACGAUUUCUGGUCAAAUGAAUGGGGUCUCCCCUUCUUCAGCACCACCAUGUCCAGGAACAGGUACAGGGAGAUUAUGCGCUACCUGCAGUUUGACCGCAAAGACACCAGGCACACCCGACUCUCAGGUGACAAGUUUGCCCUCAUCAGUGAGGUGUGGGACAGACUGAUUCAGAACAGCAUCGCCUGUUAUAAUCCAGGGGCAGAAAUCACUGUUGAUGAACAGCUCUUCCCCACAAAGUCGCGCUGCCCAUUUUCCCGGUAUAUGCCCAAUAAACCGGACAAAUUUGGCAUAAAGUUUUGGCUCGCUGCUGAUGUGGAGACAAAAUACAUGCUAAAUGGCUUUCCUUAUCUGGGGAAAGAUACAACUCGCCCCGCAACACAGAGCCCAGAGGAGAGUGUGGUGCUGAAACUGAUGGAGCCUUUCGUAGGGAAGGGGAGAAAUGUAACCACCCGUUGUACAUCACUCUCCCUUGCCCACAAACUCCUGGCCAAAAACACCAGCCUUGUGGGCACCAUCAACAAAGACAGACGGUCCCUGCCUCCUUCUGUGCACCAGAAAGCUGCACUGCACGACACAAAAGUGCUGCAGAAUGACAGAGCCACACUCACUCUCUAUCAGGGGGAAGACAAAAAGAAUGUUUGCAUCCUCAGCACCCUGCAUUCAUCAGUGGAGAUAUGCGAUGAUGCAGAAAAGAAGCCAGAGACAGUCCAUUAUUACAAUAGAACAAAGGUGGGAGUUGACAUGCUGGACAAGAUGCUGAGGCGAUACUCGGCCCGAGCUGCAACAAGAAGAUGGCCAGUUGCAGUAUUUUAUAAUGUACUGGACAUUGCCACACUGAAUGCCUGGGUCCUGUACCGGCGCUGCGUGGUUGCCAACACGACCCGGCGACACUUCAUUCUGGAGCUCUGCAAACAGCUGCGUAGUGAGCAUGUCAGUGCGAGUCGUCUGUCUACGCGAGCACAUGCUGCAAUGUCGUCUCCCUUGCCGACCAUCCCCGAGCAGAGGAGGAGGAAUUGUACUGUGAAGCGCAAAUGCACAAAAAACAAAACUACAAAAACAUGUAUGAUGUGCUUCCGUGCAGUGUGUGGACAGUGCACUGUGAAAGUGUACAGUGUGUGUGCUGAUUGUGAGUAGUGUGUGUGUGGGUAGGCUCCUGUGAAUAGUUUUUCUUGUUGCAAGUGGGUCUGUUGGAGCUCAUCUGUGAUUUUCCGGAUAUCUUCUCCAGGGUAUAUGCAGGAAUCCUGAGGUUAAUUUCAAUACCUUUUUAAGACUUUUUUAAGACCUUCCAAAAAAACUUUAAGACCUCAUCGCCACUUCAAACUGUCGUUAGCAGCAACGCAUCUUUAACUUACUAAACAGUUGUAGUUUGCAAUUAAAUCUAUGGCGCACAAACAUACAACAGAACUCAGAUAAGAUGAGAAGGAAUACAGCUUGAAAGAAUAAAUUAAACCAAAGACAGGUUUAUUAAAAUACACCUUAGGUCAUAACAAGUAACACAGCUCUACAGCUCAACAUCAACUAUUCAAGGCCAACUUGCUGAAAACAACAAUCUUAUGGCUAGCCCCUUGCAUGUGGGAUUUAGGGCUGACCCAAAAAAUUCUAAGCUUUGUUCGAUGGCACAGGAUUCGAUUGUGAAAUUAUUAUUUCUUUUUUUUUUUAGAAUAUUCAGCCUUUUAUUUCUCCUGUUUUUUGGGGGACCUUGAACGCAACACUAAUCAUGCCAUCUGUUUACGGUUGUUUUUUUCCCUUUAGCCAUGUGUAAACUCAAAGAACGAGAAGCAAUGUCUGUUAGGCAUAGCCUAUAAGAUUUCAUGUUCCAGUUCCAGUUUGUGUUUUUGAUUGAUUGAUUGAUUGAUUGAUUGUUUUUGGUUGGUUGACAAAUAAAGGCCGGCCCCAUUAGGCCGAGUAAAGAAGUAAUCUGAUCUGAUUGUUGCAUGAAUUACCUAAAAAAGUUUCACAGUAAAUCAGAGAACAGGGAUGUUAUUAUUGCCACGGGUUAUUUGAAAUGGACAAAGGUAUUCUUUACUGGUGAGUUAAGGGAGAAUAGCUAUCAUGUAAUUUAAAAAAAAGAAAACAUCUCCGACAAGGAAAUAGAAAGCCUGACGUGCAAUGAAUGGAGACCUAUUAUCCUGCUUGAACACAGACGACUAAAUUCUUUCAACAGUGUGACUCAAAAUAAUGAUAAAAUAGAUUUUAUUGAUGUAAAAUAAUAUGCUGAUGGUGACAUUUUCUACUGGUCCACUGCACUGAGUCUGGUGUCAGUGACACAUGCUGCUCUGAGUUGCGUAUCUGUCUGCUUGCGCUGCAGUGCGUGCCGAGGGUUUUAAUUUUUAGUGUUAAAAAUCAAAAGUUAAACACUACUUAUCAGCAACCAGAAAUGUUUUUUCGUUUGUAAAUAUUUUUAUCUUAAUUCUAGGGUUGCAAGAAACUACCUUUUCGCCAUAAUUUUUAAGUUAUUAACUUUUUUGGACUUUUUUUAAAAAUACUUUUUAAGAUCCCGCAGACACCCUGUUCUCAUAAUUUACUCGCUUCCUUCCUUGUUUUCAUGUAAGAUCAGUUUUAUUGAAUGUGCAGUUCAUGUAGCAUCUUUGAUUUUGACAUUUUAAUGUUCAGGUUAGCUAUGUGGUUGCGCUGUAUGUGAGAGGCAGAAAGACCAACAGAGAGAGAGACCGCGCGCUCCAUUUCUUUGUGUAAAACAAUAUUGUUUAUUUCUGUCUGACUAUAACUUAUUCAAAUGUUAGGUUUUGCCAUUGCUGUUCAAACUUUAGUUUUAAAAUGUACUCGAUUUUCAAUCUGUAAUGAAAUAAAGCUACUGUAAAAUCAAUCAACGGCAAACUCUGUUUUAUUUUUCAUUCACAGUAUUAUUUAAAACAUUUUUUAGCCUAUGUCAUAUUCAUUUAGAUUUUAGUCUGUUUUUCUUCUACAAUUUUUUAAUUUAAAUGUAUGAAUUAUGUGGUUGUGUUUGUUAUAGGUCUGUUAAAGAAUUUUAAAUGUACCCUAUUUGACCUUUUUUUUUUUUUUUUGGAUAUUUUUUUGGCCAUUUUUGGUCUGUAAUGAAGUAGCCUAAAAUAAUUUUAAAAUUACAAACCACAUGAAACUAAUUGAAAAUAGCUAUUUUAUCAAGUCUCUCAUAAAAGACAAAAAUUAACAGUUUAUCUGCUUCAAGAAAUGACAGCUUUGUCAUGGCUGAUGCUGUUACAGAAGGGGGGGGGUAAAAAUGACUCCCUGUGGUGGUUCUCUUGUUGAAUUGCAAUCCUGGUUUGUUUUUAUCGUCUAAAGCCUGAAGUAAUGAUUUUUUUCUCUUCUUGCUGCAUAA